AUGCUGCGCAUCGCGGAUCUCUUGAAUAACAUCGGCGAGGAUGACACCCAGCGGGCCGACGCCACACAGGUGAAAUUGGGUAGGUCUGUCUCCGCUCCCGAGCGUGGAACGGGAGUUGACGCAGACCACGAGGCUGCAAUGGCCAUGAUGUCCAUGGUUGAUGACGACGAGCACGCUGCGUCCUGUCCGGAAGACAAGCAGUCACCACGUUGCACGCAGACCACUCGGUUGCGAUCGUUUUCGAGAGUCCAGGAUAAGGCAGCGAUGAAGCGGUCACCACGCAGACUCUCGCCCUACAGCUCGCAGCAGCUCAUGACCAUCAGGAACAUUGUCAACCCGGGCGAGCCCACGGAGGCUAGUGGCGCCUCGCUCGACAAAACUGCUGCAGUCGGCAAGAAACGAAGCACGCGCUCGCUGUUUCCGGAGCUCUCGGAGUCCGAGCGUCGUGCCAAGCAGAGACUUAUCGUGAAGCGCUGCUAUUACAAGAAGAUCAACACGAUCAAGUCUCUACGUGACGAGGCCAGCACCUUGGAACAUCAAUUCCGCUCGGCUCUGCGUACGAUGCAGCAGGAGGACGAGGCUGCCAGGGCCGCCGGUCGAGGAGACGACGUCAAGCUGCGCGAGAUGUUCCUCGACACGCUGACAACCAAGGAGACGCUGCGCGAGGAGAACGUCCGCCUGCGCCGUCUCGCUGACGAGUACUACAUGAAGAACCAGGGGCGUCUUCGCCAGCUGCUGGACUCGAACCACAAGGGCUUGAUCCUCUUCACCGCCGCUGUCAAUGACGACUGA